ACAUUCAAAUCGUUGGUUUAAUUUCUUAUCCCUCCUAGUGUUUUUAGCCUGCAAGACUAACCAAUCACACAUGUAUAUACCAAUGGAAAAGCGAGGAAACUCCAUAAUUGAAUUGGUUAUUUUGUACCAAGAAGUACCUCUAGCAAGGAUCAAUCAUCUUUUUCUCAUUCCAACUUUUGUGAAGAAAUUGAAAAUAGUUUCAAUAUGUCAAAUAGAGGCUCAUCAUGGAUAACUCUGAAAUUCAGAGGUGUUGUUGAUGUAAUUCGUGCCAGCAGAUAUCAAUCAAACUAUGUUGCACUACAGAGAAACAGACCAAUUGUGUCAGCUGCUAGAACUGAAAGAGGUUAUUGGAUGCACCCUGGUCAGCAAUUCUAUAGCACCAAUAGCAUCAACCCAAGCACUAAUCCAAAAGGAAUAAAGGAUGUGAAGCCUCAAGCUGAAGCUCUUGCACCUGCUUCUAAAAUCCUCACCUUCUCUCAUUGGCUAAGAUGGGUUUUGGGCAUGGUACUUUCUCUCUUGCUACCUUUCUGGAAACCUUACUGGAAAAAAUUACAGAUAGUAGAAGUUCAAACAAAACAAAUUACAUGGUUUGUUAAGUGGGGGCAAAAUGUGCAUUCAGUGGAGGCAGAGUUUGUGGUUGAAGAGGCUGAAGCGGUGGCAAAAAUGGUAGAAAAAGUGGCAAUGGUAACAGAAAAGGUAUCUGAAGAUGUAGCAGAGAUGCUUCCUGAGGAUGGUAAAUUAAGGAAAGCAGCUUUGGUGGUAGAACGUGCAUCAAAAGAGGCAGCACAUGAUGCUCAGUUAACUGAAGAAUUCUUACACAAGGUUGAAGAACUCAAGAAUGACCUGGAUGAUUUAGAAGCCUUUGUUGAACCGGUAAUUGACAAGAUUGUGAAGAUGUAACCUCAGAACAAUUCAUGCCGAAGCAAAAAUUACUUUCUUGUGUAUGUAGUUGCUGGUCCACUUUAUCACUGUAAAAGUUAGAGUAGAAUACAGUCAAUACACCCUCUCUCUUUUGGUGAAUAAAAAACAAUUACACUUCUCUUUCUUAAAAGAUUAAUAUGAGUUAUAGUUCAGUUUA